AUGACCAUGUCCGCCGACCGAUCAAGUCCGAUUCCUCCGCCCACAGCGACGCGCCGGCUGACGCCCUCCGAUGGGCCACUGGUCUGGAUCGACUGCGAGAUGACGGGCCUCGAUGUCGAGAGCGACCGGCUGCUCGAGGUGGCAUGCAUCAUCACCGACGGCAGUCUCGCGCCCCUGGACGAGGGCGUCAGCUAUGUGAUCCGCACCGAAAAGGCCGUGCUCGACUCCAUGAACGAGUGGUGUGUCAACCAGCACGGCAAGUCCGGACUGACAGAGGCGUGCCUCGACGAGAAGAGGGCACACCAGCACGCAGACGUGCGUGCCGCCGUGCUGGCCUACAUCCUCGACCGCAUCCCCACCAGCGGCGUGGCCUGCCUGGCGGGUAAUACAGUGCAUGCAGACGCCGCCUUUCUCAAAAAGGAGAUGCCUGAGAUCACCAACCACCUCCACUACCGCAUCGUCGACGUCAGCACCAUCAAGGAGCUCGUCGGCCGCUGGUACGGCGACGGGAGCCGGUGGACCGGCGGCAAGGGCAGCCACCGCGCCCUCGACGACAUCCGCGGCAGCAUCGAGGAGCUCUCGCACUAUCGGCGCAACUUUUUUGUCAUGUCAGGGAGCAGCAGCAACAACAACAACAACAACAGCAGUAACAACAGACACUAA